AUUCUUAAAAAAAAUAUGGUUGUAGCAAAUUAGAAAGAAUUAUAGUUAAAAUAAAAUAUGAAUGAAGUUAAAAAUAGGAUUCUUUAAAUAAUAUGGUUUAUGAAAAUUAGAAAGAAUUUUAGUUAAAAUAAAAUAUUAAAUUACAAAUCCCCUUUUGUCAUGUUAGGAAGAAAACAUCAACAAUGUCAUCCUCAUCAAGUGAUGAAGUUGAUGAAGCUAUAGAAGAAAUGGUCGACGAAGUAGUUGAUAAUUACAUCGACUCAAUAGUUGAGGUCCAAGGCAACAAACCGAAAAGACGUGCUUAUAUCGACAGAGAUCGGGAACAAGGACACAAUCAACUAUGGAACGAUUAUUUCAAGGAAAAUCCUACAUACCCACCGGAAAUGUUUAGGAGGCGUUUUCGAAUGAACAAGCCAUUGUUCCUUCGCAUUGUCGAACGUAUAAGUAAUGAAGUUCCAUACUUUCAGCAAAGACGAAAUGCUCACGGGAGGAACGGGCUUUCUGCACUUCAAAAGUGUACGGCAGCUAUACGUAUGUUGGCAUAUGGUCAAUCGGGAGAUACAUAUGACGAAUAUCUCCGACUUGGUGACAGUACAUCACGUUUGUGUUUGGCAAAUUUCACUGAUGCAAUAAUACAAUUGUUUGGAAAUGAGUAUCUACGAAAACCUACAGCCGAGGAUCUUCAACGCUUACUCGAUGUUGGAGAGGUACGGGGGUUUCCGGGGAUGAUAGGCAGCAUCGACUGCAUGCAUUGGGAGUGGAAAAACUGCCCAACGGCUUGGAAAGGUCAGUUCACACGUGGUUCAGGAAAGCCGACAAUUGUCUUAGAAGCCGUGGCAUCACAAGAUCUUUGGAUAUGGCACGCAUUUUUCGGCUUACCAGGUACCCUCAACGAUAUCAAUGUUCUUGAUCGGUCCCCUGUUUUUGAUGACAUCUUACAUGGUCGAGCACCAAAAGUUAAGUUCAAGGUCAACAACCACACUUAUCGUAUGGCCUACUAUCUUACUGACGGAAUUUAUCCAAACUGGUCAACAUUUAUCCAAUCCAUCCCACUUCCUCAAGGUCCUAAAGCCGAGAAAUUUGCAGAAAAGCAAGAAUCCGCCAGAAAAGAUGUCGAACGAGCUUUUGGAGUAUUGCAAUCGAGGUUUGCAAUUGUUAAAAACCCAGCUCUACAAUGGGACAAGGAGAAGAUAGGAAAGAUCAUGAGAACUUGUGUCAUAUUGCACAAUAUGAUAGUAGAGAACGAACGACACGGAUACGCUCAAAUUGAUACUUCUGAGUUCGAGUCCGGAGAAUCAAGCAGAACUUCGAGGGUGACAAGGAGAGAAAGUAUUCAUGUCGGUGAUAUGUUAGGCAUGCGCAGAGAAGUUCGAGAUCCAGAGAAGCAUGCUCGUUUGAAAGCUGAUUUAAUGGAAAAUAUAUGGCAAAAGUUCGGUGAUGAAAAUGAAUAAGCUUUGUAUGUUAUUUAAUUUCUUGAUUUAUGUAAUCUACUCUUUAUGUAUUGAAUAUAAAAUUUAAAAAUAUUUAUAAUAUUUUUUAAUAUUUAAAUCAUGUAUUCUGAAUUUUUAGAAAUUUUUUAAAAAUAAAUUAUUUAUUAUUAUUUUAUUCCUAUGAACUCCUUCUUGAGGUUCAUCAAUGCAGAAAACAACAAAUAGAGGUUCAUAACUAUUCAUGGACCCACUAAAAAAUAUUAAAAAAUUUUUGUGAACCCCAAGAGGGGGUUCACUAAUGCUCAUGCUCUAAAUGAUCUAUCUAUUAUCGGAUUCUUAUAUUAUUAUUCUUAAUCGGGAGUUAAUGACUGUAAAAUAAAGAAAACUGACUGUAAACAUAUCGGAAAAUUAAUUACAGUUGUAGAUCAAAAUUGUUACUUUAUUUAAUAAAUUAAUUUUUGGAGUUCAUUUUUUAAUUUAAUUAUUUUAUUUGAGUUUUGUAGCUUUUUCUGUUUAUAUUUGUCUUUUUUCUUCUUCUUUUUUGUGAUUAAUCAACAGCUUUAACUUUGAAACGAAAAUGCAUUCAACAAUGAUAAGUCCCUAGACUGUGAAGUAUAUAUAGUAGUCAAAGAAUAACUAUUAGUUACAACUUCUAGUAACUAAUAGUGGCACAACUUCUAGUCUUCUACUACGCAUUAUUUUAACUAAAUGGCACGACUUGUGGCUCAAUGAGUAUAUUAGUUAUAUUGUUCUACUGAUUUGAUUAAGAUGCUUAGCAGAUGAUUAAAACCCACUUGCUCGUUUUAAGAAAUUCGUUUCUAACACGUUAUGGUUGCCCGAUAGCUUGACCUACUUGCUUCAUAGACAUGAUGAGUUUGUUUAUUUUGUUCCUUUUCCUAGACAUGAUUCAGUUAAACACUCCAUCUAUGCUUUUCUAUUCAUAACAUACCGAAUCAUUUAUUUUGUGUGGGCCUAACUUAACUCUUAUCGUUGAAGGAGCCUUGAGUGCAAGAGCAUCUAACUGGAUCCAAAAUCACUAAAAAUAUCACAUAAUGAGACUGCUUACUGUUAACUGCAAGUGCUUGAAUGUAAUUUUAUCAUCAUCAUCCGAACUCAGUAGUAAUAUUUUAUGAUGAGAUGGCAUAACAAAAGCACCAGUGGUCUAGUGGUAGAAUAGUACCCUGCCACGGUACAGACCCGGGUUCGAUUCCCGGCUGGUGCAGUUUUAAUUAUUUUUUUCCUUAUUUUUUCGUGCUGAUUCUCUCCCUUCUCUGUCCAUUACCUCCUCGUUCAGGCAAAACAAACGUCCUUGUUUUUAAAAAAUGCCAGGUUAAAUACAUGCAUCAUUAACUAAAAAGGGAAAGAAUGCAUGCACCUUUGACAUUUAAAGGUAAAUGUACAUAAUCAUUUUUACUUUUUUGCAUGAAUGAGACCACACAACCUCUUUACGAAAAUAAAAGAAAAUUCUGUAGACCACAUAUAAUUAGCUUUGUAUAUAAGGCCAACGUCAAUCAAUAGGGGGUGGGGGUAAAGAAAGUCUGACUAUUAAUAGUAUAGUUAACUGCUAAUUAGCUCAGCCGGCAGUAGAGUGAUCAUAAAUUAUCUUUUUACUAAUCUGUUAAUCUUACAACUCAUUCUCGAAUUCAACCCGUAUACAGACAGUUAUAGUGAAAUUGAAAAAGUGCAUAUAUAACAAAAUAACGUA